AUGCCGCAUGUCGGUGUGUUCAUCGUCGCUGGGCUACAGUUCCUUGCAUCUUUGAUCUAUCUUUUCAACCUGUACGGCGAGAAGACGAACCGCAAGGAGCGCAUUGAGGACGCACGUAUUAUGCACAAGGAGCUACUCCUGGGGCUUAAGAAGGGGAAAGCCCUAAGCCGUACGGAGAGGAAGGAAGGCAGUCUCGAUGUGGAUCAGGGAAAGGCUCUACAGUUGGAAGCAAGCCCAGAGCUUCUGCUGCCGCAGCCGAUCAGCUCUUGCUGUGGACUUAUCGAGAUCAACAAGGGUGUCGUCAUCUUUGUCAUGAGUGAUAAAAUUGAUAAUACGCUUUACUAUUCAGUGAGUUCAGCCUACCUAAGCGGGCUACCCGUGGUGGUAACCUGCCAUCGGAUGCCGUACAAAGGGUUUCUAUCCAAGUUCGAGUUCACGGAAAGGACCAUCGACAAUACGGGGUUACAACCACACAACGUGGUCAUUGUAUUAAAAUUGAACACAAUCUUCACAGAUGAGAAUAUUUAUCUGUUUAUUGAUCGUUUUGUUGGAGAGUCCGCCACGACGUCUGAAGACCUGGACGCGCUGUCCGUUCAGCAGAGCCGUGCAAUGGCAUUAUUUCUAACUGAUAGAGAUGCAGCUGUUAGGCACUUUAUUUUGACGUAUGGAAAGGUGUGGCUGUAUACUGGCAACCAUGCUGAGCAUGAUCUUGGUCUGUCCUUUGACCUUUCCGCGCACCGCCGGCUCAACGCGGAUACCACAAUUGCGCGUGUAUAG